AUGCAGAACACUCCCAGGAAACACUUCGCCGGCAAGCAGCGCAAGAAGGCGAAGGUUGAGAAGAGCAAGAGCAGUGGUCAUGACGAGGUCCUUCUCGCCGACAUCAACAACCUCAUCAAGCGCAAUCAGUCUGAGGAUGAAUCCAGUGGCGACGAUGCGCCCCAAGCUAUUCCCGAGAAAUUCACUGAGAUUGAUGUGAAGAUUCUCGAGCUUUCUUCGACUGGUGAUGGUCUGGCACUUUCAGAGAACGGAAAAUACGUCUAUGUUGUUCCAUUCACAGUCCCCGGUGACCUCGUGCGGGUCAAGUUAAUCAGGCAUCACGAGGCGUUGUCAUACAGCUUGACUGAUUUCGUGAAAGUGAUUGAACCAGGCCCUCAGAGAAACGAUGCAGGCAUUAAUUGCAAAUACUUUGGAGAAUGUUCUGGCUGUCAGCUCCAGAUGAUGUCUUAUGAGGAUCAGCUUGCCCACAAGCGGCGCAUCGUGGAGAAGGCCUAUGCCAACUUCUCUGGACUGAUCCCAGAGCUUGUGCCCACAAUUGGAGAGACAUUCGCGUCGCCCUUGCAAUUUGGAUACCGUACUAAGCUUACACCGCAUUUCGAAAAUGGCGGCGGCCGCAAAGCUAAGAAGCCUGACGAAGAGGCAGAGGUCAAGGUCCCACCCAUUGGAUUCACAUACAAGAACCGUCGCCUGGACAUGGAUAUAGAAGAUUGCCCUCUCGGAACAGACAUUGUUCGACGUGGUCUAAUCAGCGAGCGUAAGCGAGUCGCAGAGAAUAUCCGUUCUUACAAGAGAGGAGCCACUCUUCUGAUGCGAGAGUCAACCACACGAGUCCCUAAGGAAUCGACAACUGCCACCAACUGCGAAACGCCCAAGGCCAGCCCGAUUGUCCCCACGCCAGGAGCAGACACAGGCGAGGUGAUCCGCAUCGAGCACGAGAACUAUAUCGAAGAGAAGCGCUGUAUCACUGACAACAACGCUACAAUGGUCGAGUAUGUCGAUGACUUCAUCCUCAGCAACAAAGCCGGCGCCUUCUUCCAAAACAACAACUCAAUCCUAUCCGGCUUCACAGAGUUCAUUCGCUCCCAAGCCAUGCCCGCCGGCAACGACAAAGAUCCACGCCCAAUCAAGUACCUCCUGGACGCUUAUUCCGGCUCUGGUCUAUUUACCAUCACCCUCUCCCCUCUUUUCAAAUCCAGUCUCGGUGUCGACGUAGCAGGCGACUCUAUCAACUCAGCACGCGAGAACGCCCGCGCAAACGAGCUCCCCAACACCGGCUUCGCUGCUGCUGAUGCCGCCGUUCUCUUCAAGGAUGUUCCCUACCCCGCCGAUCAGACUUUACUCGUCAUUGACCCGCCUCGUAAGGGUUGCUCGGAAGACUUUUUGCGCCAGAUGCUUGAUUUCAAGCCCCGUCGUGUUGUCUACGUCAGUUGCAAUGUUCACACCCAGGCUCGUGAUGUGGCUGUUAUGGUUCAGGGCGACGAGAAGAAGAAUGUUCGCUAUGAGAUUGAGAGUAUUCGUGGCUUUGACUUUUUCCCUCAGACUGGUCAUGUUGAAGGUGUUGCUAUUUUGAACCGCACUGAGUUCCCUCAGGCUGAGACUGUCCCUGAGGUGGAGACUACUCAGACGGAAAAUGCUCAAGUAUGA